AUGCAGAUACUAUUAUGCGCUGCGCUGAGCGCGGAAGGUGCGGGCAAGAGCCGCGGGUCUGGAGAGCAGGACUGGGUCAACAGGCCCAAGACUGUGCGCGACACGCUGCUGGCGCCGCACCAGCACGGCCACUCGGGGCCCUUCGAGAGCAAGUUUAAGAAGGAGACGGCCCUGACUGCAGUUGCAAGAACAGCAAGGAAAAGGAAGCCCUCUCCAGAACCAGAAGGUGAAGUCGGGCCCCCUAAGAUCAAUGGAGAGGCCCAGCCGUGGCUGUCCACAUCCACAGAAGGGCUCAAGAUCCCCAUGACUCCUACAUCCUCUUUUGUGUCUCCGCCACCACCCACUGCCUCACCUCAUUCCAACCGGACCACACCGCCUGAAGCGGCCCAGAAUGGCCAGUCCCCAAUGGCAGCCCUGAUCUUAGUAGCAGACAAUGCAGGGGGCAGUCAUGCCUCAAAAGAUGCCAACCAGGUUCACUCCACUACCAGGAGGAAUAGCAACAGUCCGCCCUCUCCAUCCUCUAUGAACCAAAAAAGGCUGGGCCCCAGAGAGAUGGGGCGCCAGGGAGCAGGCAACACAGGAGGACCGGAGCCAGUGCACCCUGCCAGCCUCCCGGUCUCCUCUCUGGCAGCCAGUGCCCCGCUGUGCUGCACCCCCUGCCACGAGCAGCUGGAGGACACCCAUUUUGUGCAAUGCCCAUCCAUCUCUUCGCACAAGUCCUGCUUCCCUUGCUCCAGACAAAGCAUCAAACAGCAGGGAGCUAGUGGAGAGGUCUAUUGUCCUAGUGGGGAAAAAUGCCCUCUUGUGGGCUCCAAUGUCCCCUGGGCCUUUAUGCAAGGGGAAAUUGCAACCAUCCUUGCUGGAGAUGUGAAAGUGAAAAAAGAGAGAGACUCGUGACUUUCCGGUUUCAGAAAAACCGAAUGAUUAUCCUUAAUUAAAACUGCUUGAAUUGUAUAUAUAUCUCCAUAUAUAUACAUAUCCAAGACAAGGGAAAUGUAGACUUCAUAAACAUGGCUGUAUAAUUUUGAUUUUUUGAGUACAUUGUGUUUCUAUAUUUUUUUUGAUGACAAAAGGUAUGUACUUAUAAAGGCAUUUUUUUCUUUUGUUAACGUUAUUAGCAUAUCUUUGUGCUUUAUUAUCCUGGUGAUAGUUACCGUUCUAUGUAGGCUGUGACUUGCGCUGCUUUUUUAGAGCACUUGGCAAAUCAGAAAUGCUUCUAGCUGUAUUUGUAUGCACUUAUUUUAAAAAGAAAAAAAAAGCCAAAUACAUUUUCUGACAUCGUAAGAUGGCCUUACUGUCUGUCAUUCCUUAUUGCUAGCCCCUUUCUCAGGCCGGAGGCCAAGUGGUGGAGAAGGAAAGGAAAUGAUUGAACGGGCACGUUGUCAAGUGGGCAUGCCACUGGGAAAUACCACCAGUUUACCCUGAAACAUUGUCCUCAGAGAAGUAGCAAAGUGGAUUUUGAAUCUCUAUUUUGUUCAAAAGUUCAGUUCCUGAGAUACUGACGACUGAGAGUGCUGCUGGGAAAUUUUCAGGACUGUGUGGUCUUUCGGGUUUUGUUCUUUUUUUUAAGACUAAGUUCACCGCUGUUCACUGUCCACGUGAUCAGUUGUAAGAUUACAAUGCUGCAUGCUAGUUGGUUACAUAAGACACAAUUCCAGUGAUGGAAGGCGGUUGUAAUGGAUGGUGGUGUGUACAAGAUGGCACUGCCAUCUUUGAGCAGAGCCCAGCUCUGCAGCGCCACUUCAUCUUUUUAAACACCCUAGAGGUCUGGUUGUUGUUGCUGUUGUCUUUUAUUUCGAAGGAGUUGCAAGAGAAGUUGCAGUCCAGGUGAACUUGGAGAUUGUGGGAUUGGUUUUGUUUCUGUUUUGUUUUGUUUAUCAUUUACCUGUAGUGCUAUUGCUGUUGAUACUAUCACCUACACCCUGUUUCUAGUGAGUGCUGAAUACAGUAUGGUACAAUGACAGUAACAGCCACGUGGUGCUGCCAGGACUGCCCUUGGGCAUAUCAGUGACAGCCCAAAUGUGGGUGUAGGAAACCUGUAAUUUCCUUCUUA